AUGGCUUCCAGUCCCAAGAUGACGCCAUGGCUCAUGGCAUUCUUCUUCUUGGUGACAACGGUAAGCAGUUUGAAUGCCACUGACCAAGAGAUUUCGGAAAGUCAACGUGAUCAGCAAGUGGCCAUCCUCAAGCAAAUUCGAAAAGUGAACGAUGAUGGAUCUUAUACCUAUGGAUACGAGGCCGGUGAUGGGUCAUUUAAGGAACAAAUAUCCAUCGUUCAGAAUCAGCCACGCAACAAUCGUAACUCGACCCUGAAAAAACCUCAGGCUGCCUAUUCCAGCACUACGGAGUCGGCAACCAAGCUGUCGGUGGUGCAGCCGAUACCGCGAAUACGAAAACCAUCGACUCUGCCGACGACGUCCGUGUCCGGGAGCACAUUGUCGACGACCGAAACUCCGAGACCCGGUUUCAUUCGACCCAAAGCCAGGCAUCGUUUGAUCAUCAAUGGCCAGCAGCGCCCGGUAGUUUUGGAGGAAGAGCAAGCGGAAGAAGUCAGUGAAGAAGUGACAAAACCGAGUACUAGUGAAAAAAGUACAACUGUUCAAAGAGUGGUGUUUACAAAGAGACCCGUUGAACUCAAUUUACCUCCGAUAACCGAGGAGUUCGAAGACAAAGAAGAAGAACCAAAAAUCACAACCGGAAAUGCUUUGAGGAGACAGCUCAAAGAAGAAGCGUCCAAGACAACGCCAGUGGUUGAAUUGGACGACGAUCAAUCCGAUGUUUACGGAGGAUCGCUCUCUACUUCGCGCCCUCUUUUUACAACGUCCAGUCCUCCAAGGUCAACCACCAGAUUGGCUUCACUCAGGAAGGAACGCUUGAAACCCAUUUUUAUCAAUCAAAAUAACGGUCCUGCUAAAUUUGAAGAGCAAGAAUCGAAAAAUGUGCCUCAAGAGGACCGCAACACUGCUCAGCAGGUCUUGGUUCGUACCACGACUCGACCACCUAAGGAUCAAGCAUCCGAUUCCAAAGAGUACGCUCGUCAAAGUACCGAACCUCUCUACGUAAGACAACAGCCCGGAGCGUAUUUGCGAGAAGGAGGAGUCCUCGUUCCAGGAAAUCAACUGGAAGAGGAUGCAGCUUACCAACAGAUUCCUCUCAGCAGGCUACUGCUCAGACAAGAAUUUGGAAGACAGCCAUUGUAUCCUGGUGUACAGGAGGGUAAUGUUCAAUAUCUAACGGAUUCGCCACCUGUUGCUCACGACCACGAAGAGGCCGUGCCCAGAGUUCCCAUAAAUCCCGGAUACUUGGGACGUCACAGAGCUUAUCCUAGACAAUUACUCUACGGACCCGAGGUUGAUGCACGAAGAGGCUAUUUGCGACCGGUUCCUCAGCCAUUGCCACCGGAUGAACGAGAUUAUCAAAAUGCUCCUUAUCCUUACCGGGGACCGCUGGCACUACCUCCAGAACCACCAAAUCCAAUUGCCCCACCUUUGAGCCGAAGAGAUUUUCAAUAUUUAUUGAGACGCCUUUUAAUCAGCCAAUACGGUCUUCAAGCUCUGAGCUACCCUCGUGAAUAUUUGGAAGACGCGCUCUACGAUCAACAGCAGUACUAUGAUCCGGCAUAUGGAGCACCGAGAGGAGGAUUACCUUAUCCACCCGAAGGGCCGAUAGGACGGCCAGUGCCCGUUGUUCCGCCACCGCCACCUUAUCCCGAGGGACCGUUGAGAAGACCCAUACCUCCACCGCCACCGUACUCGCGAGCCUUGAAUCCGAUUUACCAGAGAGAAUACGAGGAUUAUCCGGAUACCAGAUACGCAAAAAGGGUUUACAGGCAAAAGUUUUACGCGCCCGACGCGAUGAGCGACGACGGAGAAGACAUACUGCCUCCUCAAAUACGAGAGGCUCUGCUGUUGAGGAUGUUACAGUUAGCCAUAAGUGCGGAUCGACCAGUGGCAAUGCCGAAUAUGAUGUACGUGUCGACGACGGCCGCUCCUCUCAGGUAUCGCAAGGGUGGACCAGUAAGAAGCGUACAAAUCAUCGGAGAAGACAGUAACAACAACGAAGAAAAAGAAACACGA